AGUUUGACAGCCGGGUCCUUCUCUACGCAGAAGCCCGUGGCUCUGGAAGGUUCUAACUAGGAGCGGGUGGAGGAACUUGCAUCUGAGUCCAUCCGAACCAGAACCGCAGUAAUUCAUCUCCGGGGCUCAUCAGUCACACUCUGAAGACUCUUCUUAACAGUUUCCCUUGAUUAUAUAGUCGCGAUGCCUGAAGUAAUGACGGUACCGAGAGCCUCAAACGGAGGCAGAAACAAAGGAGGGGCGUAUGUGGAUCGCGACAAGCCGGCCCAGAUUCGGUUCAGUAACAUUUCUGCUGCCAAAGCUGUGGCAGAUGCCAUCAGAACAAGCCUGGGACCCAAAGGCAUGGACAAGAUGAUCCAGGAUGAGAAAGGUGACGUGACCAUUACGAACGAUGGGGCCACCAUCUUGAAGCAGAUGCAGGUGCUUCACCCUGCUGCCAAAAUGCUGGUGGAACUGUCCAAAGCCCAGGACAUUGAGGCUGGUGACGGCACCACCUCUGUGGUGGUGAUCGCUGGAGCGCUGUUGAACUCCUGCUCCAAACUGCUGCAAAAAGGUAUCCACCCCACCAUCAUCUCAGAGUCGUUCCAGAAGGCGGUGGAGAAAGGAGUGGAGGUGCUGACGGCCAUGAGCCGCCCGGUGCAUCUGAGCGACCGUGAGACACUUCUCAACAGCGCCACCACGUCGCUGUGCUCCAAGGUGGUGUCGCAGUAUUCCAGCCUGCUGGCGCCCAUGAGCGUUGACGCCGUCAUGAGAGUCAUUGACCCGGCCACAGCCACCAGCGUCGACCUGCAGAACAUCAAGAUCAUCAAGAAGCUUGGAGGGACCAUCGAUGAUUGUGAGCUCGUGGAAGGCCUGGUGCUCACCCAGAGGUUGUCCCACACCGGCGUGAGCCGUGUGGAGAAGGCCAAGAUCGGCCUCAUCCAGUUCUGCCUGUCUCCUCCCAAAACUGAUAUGGACAACCAGAUCGUGGUCUCAGACUACGCCCAGAUGGACCGUGUGUUGCGGGAGGAGCGCGCUUACAUCCUCAACUUGGUGAAACAGAUCAAGAAGGCCGGCUGCAAUGUGCUGCUCAUCCAGAAGUCUAUCCUCAGAGAUGCUAUGAGUGACCUCGCCCUACACUUCCUCAACAAAAUGAAGAUCAUGGUGGUGAAGGACAUCGAGAGAGAGGACAUCGAGUUCAUCUGCAAGACUAUUGGCACCAAACCCAUUGCCCACAUCGACCACUUCGUGCCUGAGAUGCUCGGCACGGCGGAGCUGGCAGAGGAGGUCAGCCUGGACGGUUCUGGCAAGCUGGUCAAGAUCACAGGCUGCACCAACCCCGGGAAAACGGUGAGCAUCGUGGUCCGUGGCUCCAACAAGCUGGUGAUCGAGGAGGCCGAGCGCUCCAUCCAUGAUGCCCUGUGCGUCAUCCGCUGCCUGGUCAAGAAAAGGGCGCUGAUAGCUGGUGGCGGUGCUCCAGAGAUCGAGCUGGCCGUGCGUCUGGCAGAGUACUCGCGCACCCUGGCCGGCAUGGAGGCGUACUGCGUGCGAGCGUAUGGCGAUGCCCUGGAGGUGAUCCCCUCCACGCUGGCUGAGAACGCUGGCCUGAACCCCAUCUCCACUGUGACGGAGCUCCGCAACAGACAUGCCCAGGGAGACAAGAUGGCCGGCAUCAACAUCCGCAAGGGGGGUAUUUCCAACAUCCUGGAGGAGCUGGUGGUGCAGCCUUUACUGGUUUCCAUCUGUGCACUGACCCUGGCCACAGAGACGGUCCGCAGCAUCCUCAAGAUUGACGACGUGGUGAACACUCGGUAAAGGUCGUGAACUCCGUCACUAAGCCUGCUCGUACUGCGAAGGAUCAGAGGACUGUCGACAUCAGUCUGUUCAGAUUUCUGCUGGAGUUGUUACGUUGCAUAAUUGAAUUAAAAUAGGCUUGUUUUUUUGUUGUUCAUGCUCCA